AUGGCCGAAAUCGUCCCAAUCGGCACAAUCCUCGCCGUCCUCUCUCGCCAGAUCAUCAAAACCGCGGCCGCCGCAAACGACAUCCUCCUCGAGCACGAGAGCUUCGGCCUCCUCUCCAAACACCUCCUCGAAAUCGACCCAAUCCUCACCGAGCUCCAAUCCCGCCACCUCAGCGACUCCCCCGCCGCCCGCCUGGCCCUCGAGUCCCUCGAGUCCGACAUCAACAAAGCCAAUUCCAUCAUCCACAAGUACAAAAACCGAGCCCGAUUCUACCUCCUCCUCAAAUGCCGCCACAUCGUGAAACAAGUCCAACACGUCACCCGAGAAAUCGAGACCUCCUUCUCCGCCCUCUCCCUCGCCAGCGUCGAGACCCUCUCCGGAAUCUCCGAACGCGUCAAGAGGCUUCAAGACGAGGUGCAAAGGGCCCAACACGAGACCUCACGCUCUCGUCUCGAGAUCGUGGAUAAACUCGAGCCCAACAACGGCCCGGAUUUCGCGAACGAUAUGCUGAAGGAGAUCGCGCGGGCUGUGGGCGUACGGGUCGACCCGGAUGAGCUUGACGGGUUUAGGAGAGAGAAAGAGGAAGCCGAGUGGCGGAUAGAAAAGGCUGAGGUGCUUUUUCUCGAGCAGGUCAUCGAGCUCUUGUCACGUGCAGAUGCUGCUAGGGAUUACGAGCACGUGAAGGAUCAGUACUUGCAGAGGGUGAAAAUGAUCGAGCGGUAUGACUCGAAAGAGGAGUUUAUCGAGCCCUUUAAGCCCUUCUUUUGUUGUAUAACGGGGAACGUGAUGGUUGACCCCGUUAGCCUCUGCACGGGGACAGCUUGCGAGAGGGAGGCUUUAGAGGCGUGGUUCGAACGUGGGGAGAAUAAAGAUCCGGAGACAGGUGAGAUUAUCGAGGAUUUUACGUACAGGCCGAAUGUGCAGCUGAGACAGUCGAUCCAGGAGUGGAGGGAGCUUAAUUAUUGUGUAAAGAUUCGGUCUUGUAGAGGGAAAUUGUUGUCCGGGUUCGAGUCGUGUGUUGUGGAGGGUCUUUCGGUGGUGAGGGAGCUUGUUCGGGAGAAUUCGGUCAAUAGGGAUUGGGUUUCGAUCGGUGGUUUGACCGAUGUUGUUGUUAGUAUGGUCGGGAGUGAGGUCAAUGAGGGUGUGAGGAGGCUUUUGUUGAUGACUUUGAAGGAUAUUGUAGAUGGUCAUGCCAGAAACAAGGAAAUUUUCAUGGAGAAUAAGGGGAUUGAGAAAGUUGUUCCUUGCUUAGGGAUGGAUUCAAGCAUAUCAAAGGCUGCGCUUGAGUUGCUACACGAGGUUCUGCUCGAUAAAUCCGGUUGGAACACGACUUAUUGUCGGAUGCUUUCUCAGGAGAACGAGUUAAUCUUGCAUCUCGUUUCCCUUCGUAAGACAUCACCUGAUGAAACUGCCAAAUUAGCAGAAGAAAUCUUAUUGAAGCUUUGUGAAGUAGAUGAGGAUGUCGUUAUUCGAGCAGCUAAAGUGGACUGGUUCAGACCACUCAUCGAUAAGCUGAUCCAAGGAUCAACACCAGUAAAGAUACCACUGGUGAGAGACCUUUUUAACAUGGAGCUCGACAACGAGAAAAUCAAAUUACUUGGCGAGGAAGGAAUAAUUCCCCCCCUCCUCGAGAUGGUUUCCGAAAACAUCGAAUCGAAAGAAGUCUCGUUACAAGCACUCGUAAAGCUCUCGACUUCCCCUCACAACAAACCCCUCAUUGCAUCUUCAGGCGGUGUCCCUCUCAUUCUAAACCUACUCUCAUCUCCCACCAAACCCGUCCUCAUAAUUUCCAAAUGCGCCGAGAUUCUCUCCAAUCUUUCCUCAAACGGCGAUGGUACAAAAUUUCUCGUCGACAAAUCGAGUAACCAACUCGAUUUGCAUCCCGUCAUCAUGUCCUUGUUAUCUUUCCAAGAAAACCUCCACUCUCCGGACACCGUCCGUAAACCCGCCCUGCGCUCCCUCCUCGCGAUCUUCCGGUCCGACUCUACGCUCGUCAAGUUCGCGGUCCUCUUCGCCGGUGGCGUUUCCGUAAUUCUCCCGUUGCUCGACGACUCGAACCAAGAAAUUCGCGAGCUAGCAAUCAAUCUCCUCUUUCUAUUCUCCCACCACGAACCGGACGGCAUCGUCGAGUACCUACUAAAACCCAGACGUCUCGAGGCUCUAGUCGGGCUCCUCGAGAAUCCAGACGUUCACGCGCCCGCCGCGGGCCUCUUGGCCAACCUUCCCAAAUCGGAAACUUCCCUAACCGGGAAACUAAUCGAGCUCGGCGGAUUAAAGGCAAUCGUCAGCAUCGUGAAAUCAGGGACGGACGAGGCGAGGGAGCACGCACUCGGCGCACUCUUUCGGUUCACGGACCCCACGAGCCCCGACUCACAGAGAGCCGCGGCAGACCUCGACGCGUACGGCAUUCUCGCAGAUCUUCUCGAUUCGGGCUCGGACACGGCCCGUGCGCGGGCCGCCGCCUUAUUGGGCGACCUCUCCAUGCGCAGCCACGAGCUGAGCCUCGAGGGCCAGAGGAGGAGGAGGCCUGGGUGCAGGGCACUGUGGGCCCGCAGGGUGGCGACGUGCCCGGCACACGGGGGCCCGUGUGGGGCGACCACCACUUUUUGCUUAUUGGAAGGGGGUGUGGUGCCGGGCCUCGUGCGGCUCAUGGGUUGUGGGGCCCACGAGGCAACUCGGGAGGCGAUCCAGACAUUGUCGACCCUAGUGCGGGAGGAUGUGCCCGGGGGAGGGGCGAGGGUGCUGCACGAGAAUGGGGCAAUUGGGCCCAUAAUCGAGGUGUUGAGGUGGGGUUCGGAGUGGCUCAAGGGGGAGGCACUAGGGUUGCUUGAGAAGGUGUUCUUGUCGAGGGAUAUGGUAGAGGUGUAUGGGCCGGCGGCCAUGGGCCCACUCGUGCAGCUUGCGGGCCGAAGCUUUUUGGAGGGCGGGCAUCUGCAGAGGAAGGCGACGAGGGUUUUGCUACUUAUCGAGCGGUGCUCAAGGUCGUCUACUUCAUUGGUGGCGGGUUUCAGCGAGUGA